GGUUAUAACUCGGCCACGUAAAAGCUGAAACAAAGAACACGAACCAUCUUAAUUUCUCAGUCCUCCACUUAUCCCAGAGUUUGAUCUGGAAGAACAUCACAUUCUGCGUAAAACGCAGAAGUUUUUUUGGCCUUUUCUUGCUUUGUAUAGCACAAUAUGGCCAGCAUGAAGCAGCAAGCUGUUGAGUUUGAGAUCACGGGUGUGCCAAAUGGGUAUAACGAGGAGGAGAUCUUGAAGCAAAUUGAUGAAAUCCAUGUUACUGCUGGUGAAGAGUUUGAUGCUGAGUCUCUUUUCAUUUUAGUCGAAAACAUUGUUAAGCAUGCCGCACCCAUUAUUGGUAGUUUUGCGCCGGGUGCCCAAGCACUUUUGUUUAACACGGAGGACAUGGCUCCCAGUGUCUGUUUUAAUUCACCGUUUUGUACACUUAAGCAGAUUUCCUGCAAGAUGGCAUGCAAGGGUCCGGGUGUGGUAAAUGCUCAUGAAACAACACUGGCAAUACUUGGCAUGCUAUCAAGCUAUUCAUGGGAUGCAAGGGCCGUGAUGACCCUAGCGGCUUUUGCUUUGGACUAUGGAGAAUUCUGGCUCCUUAUGCAGAUUGGCGCGUCUGAUCAACUCACCAAAUCAAUGUCAAUCCUGAAGGGACUACCAGUCUUGGCAGGGAACUCAGGGUUGCAAAAACGCCAGCAAGCACUUACUGAACUUAACAAUCUGAUCAAAGUCACAUUGGAAGUAAUUAAGUGCAUUUUUGAGUUGGAGAAGCUACCUAACUAUGGUAGAGAGAAUGUGCCAGCAUUGUUAAAGGCCUUGAACCAUAUCCGUUUGGACACAUAUUGGCUCAUUAGAACGGUUAUUGGUUGUUCAGCUCAGUUGACUGGCAUCACUAGUGAUGAGGACCAAGAGGUGGAUCUGUCCAGCUUGACUUACAAUCUUUACCACAUCCUCAACAAUCUUAAGAUGCAACUGAAUAUUUGCAAACAACAAAUAGAGGAAACUGAGACGGAGGCUUAUCAGAUACUCAUGAAUCUCUUCCAAAUCCGUCCCAAAAUCAUGGAAGUUUUUAAGGCGCUGUGUUAUGGCAAGAGUAAUGUGCAGCAACUCAUCGAUGGUUCAAAUGAGGUUUACUUUGACGUAUUGAAGCAUAAAUACGUGUUGUUGUUCAUUUCUGGCCCAGACAUCUCUGAUAAUGAUGUUUCGACUCUCAAGCUGCUUCGUAAAGAGCUUGGCAAUCGUGGUAAGGUCGUGUGGGUUCCAAUUGUGGUUCAGAGCAGACCAACCAUUAACAUUGAAAGAAAGUUUAGAAGCCUAGGCACCGAGGUGCCAUUGUACAUAGUGCAACAAUUUUUACCUAUACCAGGCAUCAAGUUCAUCAGGGAGGAGUGGCACUUCACGAAUAAGCCAAUUAUUGUGGUGAUAAACCCAAAAGUGAGGGUAGAACACAAUAUUUUGCUAGAGCAGAUUAGAGGAAUCAACUCCUUCCCUUGCUUUAGGAAGAGAAGGAUUGAUUUGCUUGUCUGUGAGCUUUGUAGUUGUGUGUGUCAGUGUUGUCUUUGUGUGCACAUACCAAAAAAUUAAUUGUUGCCGAAGCUACUAGCGCAAACACUAAGGUACUGCAAGAGGAUUGGGAAGGAUUGCACUUUGUAUUUAUGCCCAGCGUUGAUUAUUGCACACUCGCUGGUAUAAACUAUCAACCGUCUCAUGUGUUAAAUGGAUGCAUACUUAAAAAUAUGAUUAAAGUAUAUAAAAUUAUGGAUAUUAUGUGUACACUAA